AUGAAUGAAUUAAGAAAAACAGAUAUACUACAAGAAAAUAGUAAUAAAAAUUUAAUUUAUUCAAAUUAUGGUAAUGAAUAUAAUUCUUUAAAUGAUAAAAAUUAUUUAACAAGUAAUGGCAGUUUUAAUAUUAUGCCCUUAACAAAAUACGCAAACAAUGAUUUAUAUAUUCUGCCAUUUUCAAAGGAAGGCAAAAAUGAUAUUUACAAGAUGAAUACUACUAUGUAUUCCAAAGUGGUGGAAGAAAAACAAAACUACACAAAUAAUAGUAGUAGUAAUAUCAGCAUUAGUAAUAACAAUAGUAAUAAUGUCAACAGCAGUAAUAAUAAUAGUAAUAACAUCAAUAGCAGUAAUAAUAAUAUUCUGAUGAAUGGUGGUGGUAACAACAGUGCUAACAAUAAUGGAAGUAGUAAUGAAAACAGCUAUGGUAGCACGUACAGCACUAAUAGGAUGAUCAAUAAUAGCUGUAGUAGUAAUGAAUACAUGCUGAAAUAUUUAAAUGCAUAUAUAAACAAAAAUAUAAAAAACAAGUUGCAUGAUAACGUUAGGGGAAAUUAUGUUAAGGGUAAUGGCGGAGUGAAUAGAGGAAUUACUGGCACCUUUAAUGGAGGCCCUAAUAGAAACAACGUAAAGGAAAAUAAUAUAACAAACGAAUGUGUUAAUACUCUAUAUAAAGUAGUUCCAAGUGAAAAUGAGAACAGUUUUGUUGAUAAUUUAAAUUGCAAUAAUUUGAAUCCAUAUGCAAAUAAAAUGAUGUGCAAUAAUAUUUUAAUUAGUAAUAAUAAUAUAAACUCAUAUAAUGGAACUCCGAACAAUUUAUAUUCCUCAUAUAACGUACGAAGUAGUACUAGGAUGGCUGAAGAUAUGAAUAAUUUUGGAAUUAUUAACAGUAAAGAGAAUGUAAACAAUUUAAAUCAAGUAGGUAAUGCAAGCUGUGUGAGCAGUAUAAAUAAUAUAACUGAUGGCAGUAGAAGUACGCAUUAUGUGGAUGAAGUGCAGAACACAAGAUUACGUAAAGAGUAUUUUAACAAAAUUAAAUGCCAUAUGCCUUACAAGCGUGAUGGUAAUAGUAACUCUAACAUUAGCAUCAGUAAUAAUAGCAAUAGUAAUAAUAGUAAUAAUAGUAAUAAUAGCAAUAGUAAUAAUAAUAUUAGCAAUAUUAAUAUUAGCAAUAGUAAUAAUAGUAAUAAUAAUAAUAUUAGCAAUAAUAAUAUUAGCAAUAAUAAUAUUAGCAAUAAUAAUAUUAGCAAUAAUAAUAUUAGCAAUAAUUAUAAUAAUAGCAAUAAUAAUAAUGGCAAUAAUAAUAUUAGCUAUAAUAAUAUUAGCAAUAAUAAUAUUAGCAAUAAUAAUAUUAGCAAUAAUAAUAAUAGUAAUAACAGUAGUCGUGGAAAUGGGAAGGGAGAUCAACAUGCGGUUCUCGAGGAUAGUGCAAAUAAAAUUAUUAAGAAUAUUUAUUUUAAUGAUUCUAAUGCAGAAAAGUUUAGUAAUGGUGAAAGGAAAACAUUAAACAAUUCUUCUACGAAUGAGGGUGAUGUUGUGCAGUUGAAACAGAACCUAAAUGAUAAACAGGGAGAGAAUAACAACAAUAGUAAUGGUAACAGUGAUAGUAACAGUAAUAGCAACAUCAACAACAAUAGCAAUAAAAGUAACAACUGUAGUGGUAAUGGCGUUGCUUCGAAAGUCCUCUGUUCAGCGGAUUUAGACGCGGCGUGCCCAACAGCAGGUAAUGGUAUUGAUUCUGUUAUAAAUUUGAAUGAAACCGUUUCAUGCAAUUAUUAUAAGAAAGAUUAUAUCAGUAAAAAGUUUAAUGGCACAUCAUCUCCAGUGAAAGCAGAUGAUGAUGUGUUAAGAGCACAAGAAAAAGAAAACUACAAGAGUUUUUUGAAUGGUAUAAAUAAAAGAGUGGAGCUUUUUUCAAAAGACAGAAAUGUUGUUCAUGUAGAAAAUCUUUACAACCCUAGUGCUGUUCAGAAAAAUGCAUUGGUGAACAAUUCAGAGGGUCUAAGGAUAGGAUCAAAUGUAAGUAAUAGCAAAUGUAGUGGCAUAGGUAGCAGCAAAGAUGGUAGUAAAGAUAACAGUAAAGAUAGCCUUAAAAUUUACAGCAUCACUAAUGGUAUCAGUAAUAAUAAGGACAAUAAUAACAGCAACAUUAAUAGCAAAAACGUUGAUUUGAACAUCGAUUUGAACAGCUGCGUACAUCGAGACGGAAGUAAUAAUGAGGAGGUCCUGCACAUGUACAAUUAUAAUAAUUACCUGAGGAACCUGAAACUAAGGGCGAAAGAAAAGCAAAGUGCUAAGAGUGUACAUGUAAGUAGUGAACACAUUUUUAACGAGUUAAAUGAAAGCUAUAAUAAAAACGGUGUAGAUGUAAAAAAAAAAAAUAUGCAUUUUUUGCAUGUACCAGUUGAACUAAAUAAUGAUAUGGACACAUCUAUGUGUUGUUCUUUAGAAUCAUCUGAGUGUUACUCUUUGUUUUGCCCCCUAUCUGAAAAUUUACAGCAAACUAAUAUGUACUCGAUGAAUACAAAUAAUGAUUUUAAUAAUGGAGUGAACAGAGAAUGCACACUAAAUAGUCGUUUCUGUACUAACAAUGAUCAUGAUAGUGGUAGUAGUCUCUUCGAUAGGGCAAAUAAUAUAAGUUGUGUAGAAUGCCUUACAAACAUGGUGAGUAAUAACAACACGAAUGCUAUGGAGGAGGAUAUAAGGGAGGAGCAAAAUGUUGGUCAUGAUAAGUAUCAUAUUGCUCACAAAAAGAAAAAACUAACAAGUAAAAGCUUAAAUCAGAAUAAUUUGGAAAAUGUUUCCCAUGAAAGAGGGAGUAGCGUAAAAUGCAUUCGUAGGGGUAAAGGAAGAGGUAGGGGCAGCGGUAAAGGUAGCGGUGUAGCUAUCGGUAAAACUAGCGGGAUAACGAGCAGUAGCGAUAGUAACAAUAACAACAUGAACAAGAAUAGCAGUAGCAGUAGUGGUAGUAACAAUACCUAUGCAAAUAACAAUGACUCAAUAAACAAGGACGAUUUUUUCAUAAAUCAAAUUAAUACAUAUAGUGAGCAUAACGAUCUAUACACCAGCGAUAACGUCAACAGCUCGACGUUAAAUGAUGAUUUUUUUUGGGGGCCGAAUGGAAGAGAACAGAAAAGUGAAGAAGGCAUUACUCGAGAAAACAAUUUAGUUUUUUAUGAUAAUCAUUUGAUUAACUCCAAAGGGGAUACUAAUAAUACAGUCGAUGAAAAUGCGUGUGUUGGAAAUAUGAAAGUAAACACGAUGAUCGAUCAUAAGGAUGACAAUGUGGAAGAUAUCAUUAGCAACUGCGUGAAUAGCAUUGUGGAUAAUCAUAAUGACAAUGUGAAUACUAAUGCACAUAGCGCAAGUAAUAUAAUUUUUGAUGUUAGCAAUGGUAACAGACAUGGAGUGCAUGACCAGUCAGGAAAACAUAACAUAGACAAUAACCUUUCGAGUAAUAUGAAAUAUGUAAAAAAAUAUAUCAAACAUGUGAACAGUGGUUGUAACAAUAACUAUGAGCAAGUAUUAAACGUAUGUGAAAGUAAAUGUAGCAGCAGUGGUAGCAAAAAAAUAGAUGACUAUGCGUUGAGUACAAUGGACUACGAUAUUAGAAGUAUGAAUUACGACGAUAAUGUUAACCGCGGUAAUUAUCCUAAUCGUGGAAGUAUCAAUAACCAAUCCAUUUGUGGUAAACAUAACCUGAGUAAUGACCCUUUUAUGGAAGUGCAUUGUGAAAAAAAUGUAAAUGAGUCCAACCAAUUAGGUAACAACGAUGUGGAUAGCGUUUUGAACAUUUUGAAAGUAAAUAAAAUUUUCCCAUAUGUGAAUGAACAGGGUCAUAAUAAUGUAGCAUCAAGUGGUAUUGCAGAUGGGAGCUGCGGUUAUGUAAACGAUACUUCUGCUAAUGCUUCUAAUAAUGUUAAUGCUACUGAUGAUGAUCAUUUUGUAGAGGGGAUAAACUCAAAUGAUAAAUACGAAGCAGAGUAUAAGCGGGGCGCGCACAGACUUGGAACGGACAUAAACAGUUACGAUUUUCGCAUCAAUGUAGAAGAAGGGGUUGGAAAAUUUCCCACAAACGUUAAUUCGGAAAUUGGUAUGGAAGAAGGAAAUGCACAAGGAGGUAGUUUGUCAUUUAAUAAAAAAAUAAAUAAUUGUUUAGAUUCUAAGUUAACUGAGGGGGGGAGCAAUUAUAUGAAUAAUCAUUUUCAAAAAAAUAAUUUUGUGAACGUAAACGAUUCCUUUUUUGACGAUGCUAAUGGCAGCAGUGCAAGGGUAGGAGCUCAUGCUGCUGAUAGUGAGGGUGCUAUUGUAAGCACUAGUAAUGAUAGUAAUUUAAGGGGGGAAUACAGUACAGGCGAAAUUUUUAACAACACGAAUAUUUCCUUUUGCUUCAAUGGACAAACAGAUUCAAAGAACUUGUUUGCAUGUACCAGCGCGAAUGAUAAUAAUAACAGCAGUGGUAAUACCAAUAUAAAAACUGUCAGUAGCAGUAACAAUGUAAUCAGUAUGAACAAUGAUAUAAAAAAGUGUAAUGUAAGUAACAGAAUGAAUGAAGAUAACUGCGUUAACAUGAAUUUGAUAUUUAAAAAUAGUUGUUCUGUGAAUGGACACCAUUAUAUUCUUGGUCCUUUGGGUAACAUGACUACACGUAGUAGUAGCAGUAGUACCAAUGUUGUACAUGCGAAUAAAAAGAAUGAUAGUUUAUAUAAUGAAAGAAAUAUAAAUAAGGAUGAAGUAGUAAAUUACGGAGUAGUAGCAUAUAAUAAAGAUAUACUCAAGAGUAAUAAUAAGACAAAUAUGAAAAACAAUAUUUGCACGAACUUUUUUGAGUAUAAUAAUCAGGGGGGUGAGAAGGACAGUAGCAGAAUUGUGUUGUCACAUUGCAAAUAUAAUGAACAAGAGGAAAAAGAAAAUAUACGUUCUUCAGUAAAUAGCUGUCAAGGAUAUGAUAAUGGUAAUAGUAGUAGUAGUAGUAAUAAUAAUAAUAAUAGCAAUAGUAAUAGUAAUAGCAAUAGUAAUAGUAAUAGCAAUAGCAAUAGCAAUAGCAAUAGUAAUAGCAAUAGCAAUAGCAAUAGCAAUAGUAAUAGCAAUAGCAAUAGCAAUAGCAAUAGCAAUAGCAAUAGUAAUAGCAAUAGUAAUAAUAAUGAUGGAAUGCAGGAAAAGGAUAAUUCUUUAACGUCUUAUAGUAACUUCAAUAUGAAUAACAGUCAGGAUUACACUUUUAACAAGACUGUAGUAAAUAAUAUGAAAAAUUUAAGCACAAUAGAUAUUUUAACAAGUGCAGGUAAGUUUAACAGUAUGAAGAAUACAGACAUUAUGGAUCCGCUGAGUAGCAGAAGUGGUAUAAGCAGUGUGGGUAGUGCAGAAAACAACAUGGAAAGUAAAGGUCAUAUAAGUAUUGUAACCACUGUGAAUGACCUAAGUACGAAUAACAAGUUGAGUGCCUGUGAUCAUGUGAGUAGCCAGAACAACAUGAGCAGCACGAAUAAUAGGAAUCGUUUUAGAAUGGUGGAAUACCCUAAAAGUAUGAAUAAAAUGAAUAUAAUGAAAGGUGCUAAGAAUAGUGGUUAUAAUCUAAAUAACAUGAACAACAUUGUAAGUAGUAGUAUUCACAGUAAUAAUAUGAGCUUACUAAAUAGUAGUAAUACGGAUGGUGCCAACAUUAUGGAUGGAAGCUUGCUCCAGAAAAGUCAUAUUCCCCCCAUGCAUUUAGGAAAAAACUGUAGUAAUAAUAUGCCUCAUGCAGUUGUAUAUAACAGGAGCAAGUUGCUUAUUAACAAACAACACAUACAUGCGAAUAAGUGUACUAGCGGAAAAAUAAAAAAUAUGAACAGCAGUUUGGCGGAUUAUAGAGCAGUGGUUAGCGGGGCGAAUAAUGUGGCAAGUAAUACUGUCAGUAACGUAGCUGGUAACAUGACUGGCAACGUGGUGAGUAACAUCCUUUUUGCGGAAGUUAAUGAAAAGAAGAAUUAUGUUAUGCACGCUGCUAACAAUAAGGAGCAGAUGUCCUGCAGGAUAAACGGUGCUCCACCUGAUGACAGAAAUGUUGAUCAAAUGAAUAUAUUUUUAUUAAAUAAUAGAGAGAAUUUUCCAAAUGCGCACAAUUCACACAUCACGCAAAGGAUGCAAAAUGCACCAGGUAAAUAUAACAUGGACAGUGCAGGUAAAAAUAUCAAGGUCCUCAACACAAAUGUAGCAAUUAACAAAAACCACAUUGACAUAAAUGAAGAUAAAAAGUUAAAGGUGAAUAAGCUUAAAAACAGUUUGAACUACGAUAUAGAGGAAGGAAAGCAUAUUGACAAUAUUGGGAAUAUAAAUUUAUUAAAAAUAAAAAGUGCUUUGCAUGUUGUUCAUAAUAAUAUGUUGGAUCUGACACAUAACAUAAUGGACCCAACACAUAACAUAAUAACGAUGAACGAAAAUUGUAGUAACAAAAGUGGAGAUGAUCAUAGUGUUGUACAUCAUGCAAACAUUAUGGCAAACUACAAAAUUAAUAACAACAUUAUUACUAUUAACGAAAGUUUGAGUAAUUUUAUACUGGACAAAAAUUGUUUUUCAAAUUUUUCUUGUAGUGAAAAGCAGGAUGUACAAAACAGUACGAGUGGUUGUGUGCCAGCUAUGACUAUUGCGAGUGCACAAAGUGCUCAAGGUGCUCAUAGUAUAAAUUUGAAAAAGAGUGAAAAUGUACGUAACAGUGGAAAACAUAAUGUACAUGUAGAAACUCGAAGGAAUGAAAUGAAUGAAACGGUUAGCACGUGUUGUAAGGAAUACUCGGACGAUAUGUCGAAAAUUAGCGAUAAUGUUACUGCAUCGAAUAUGAACGGUAACAGCAUCCAUAACAGUAACGGUAGUAAUAAUAGUGUUAGUAACAAUAAUGGAAGUAAGAACUCGAGGGAAGAGUUCAUAUGUAACCGCUCUAAAAAUGAUGUGCCCUACAACCACAGCGUUGUUGAUAGUCAACAGGUAAAAGAGAUGAAUGCAAAUAAGAUUGCAGAGGCAAAUGUUAUGUAUGACAAUAAUUGUAGUAACAGUAACAGUAAUGGUAGCGUUAAUAGAGAGAACCGUAGCAACAUGCGCAUAAACAACAAAACUGAGUUUAGCAAAUAUGUGAAGGAUGAACAUUACGAAAUUAACAGAAGCACAAGUAUGAAUGAGAGUAUUAGGCAUGUCGAAAAUUUCAGUAAUUAUACGUCUUCUAAUAAGGGAAAUCAUAAUAGAAUUAACAACAAUAACGUAAAUAGCAGCAGUAGUAAUGGUUAUAUACUUAGCAACUCAAAGGACAUAUGUUGUAAUAGCAUAGACAUUUUGGUUAAUGAGAGAAACAUUGCGAGUAUGAACAACCUUGGUGUGAAGGCUGUUUAUAAAAUUAGCAGUAAUGGUAAUAGUAAUAGCAGGGGCAAUAAUUAUUCUAAUAAUGCUAAAGUGAGCGAUGUGAGUAGUAGAGGGGAAAUAGUCCAUUGUGCAUCGGAUGAUAAAACUGGAGUAGUAGUAGGUACGCGACUUUGCAAGAAUAUGGUAGUAAGUAAUAUUGGAAGUGAUAUUAUGAACUAUGCAAAUGAAGAGAGGUUGGAGAAGCAUAAAGAUAGACAAAUACAACAAGCGGUAAGACAGUCAGCAGAACAAUUACUCAUGCAAGUGGGAGCGACAAAGGAAGGAAGAAAAUGUUUAGAGGAAAAGGUGAAUGAGAGUAGAUUUUCUAACGAUAACGACCCAUUAUUAAAAAGAGAUAAAAUAGAACAGGAACAUGUUAGCUUUAGUAAUAGUAGUAACAACUGCAUGCAUAGUAACAACUGCGUGCAUAGUAACAACUCGUACUAUCAUAAUAAUAAAAUUAUACCGAAAAACUACUUUUCCUAUAACAACUUAAGCAGUAGCAACAACGAAUUGAAUAGUUUAAUGCUCAUUAAGAAUUCAUUAAAUUGUAAUGCGAUGAGUUAUAAUAGUGCAAUUAUGACAAAUAAUGAUAAGAAGGUCGAUACUAUAGGAGGAGGAGGAGGAGGUAAUAGUAGUGGUCUUUUACAAAACGCGCCCAUUAAUGGUGAUAACUACAGUGGUAGUAACCACAGAAAUAGCGGUAAGUGUAAUAAUGGAAACAAUAACAGUGGAGGUGCAAAUAAUUCCAAAAUUAACGAGUUCAUCAUGUACAAUAAGAACCACGGAUCAAAUAUAUAUGCAUAUAGUAUAAACUCUAAAGCUGAUAAUAGUUUUAUGAACAGCUUAGCAGCAAAUAGCUUAGAGUGCACUAAUUUCCCUCCAAAAUACAAUGAAGAUUUAUUAAGAAGCGAUCAGAGGAACAGUAUAAAAAUGGCAGACAACGGUAAUGGUAAUUAUCGAAGUCCUGUGAACCACAAAAUUCUAACACAUAAUAAUUCUCACAUAAACAAUAACAGCAGCAAUAGCUGCGGAAGUAACAAGAGCGCAAAUAAUCAUAAUAUAUUUGUAACUAGUGGUGGUUGCAGUAGUAGUAACAAUGCGAGUGGUAACCCCAACAAUAUUUGUUUCAAAAACGUAGAGAGUUAUAAUAACUACCUAAUGAAUAACCAGCAUAACAAUAGUGCCUCGGACAGAUCUCUUCAGAGCAAAAAAUAUAUGGUAAAUAAUGGCAGUACUAAUAAAAAUGUAAAAUUUGAAAACGAGGUGAACUAUAGAAAUUCUUUGAAUGGUUACCCUCCGUACUUGGGAACAGUCAAUGAUAUGAUGGUGAUGAUGAUGGGCAAAGGAAUAAUUACUGGACAGAAUAAUAAUAUGCGCGUGAACGAUCAAGCAUCUUAUAUGUAUAAUGCACAACAAGAUGAGAAUUCUAAGUGCAUAUCGAAUAGUAGUGAUUUAGCAAUUAAAAAAAAAGAGUAUGAAAGCGUGUUCAGAAUGUCAAAGAAUCAAUUACUUAGUUUAGAAAAUGAUAUAAAAUAUUUGCAGUCCUUGACAUGCUACAACAUUAAGUCGAUAGAUUUAUACUUUGAGACCUAUGAAGACACGGACUUUUUCUUGUAUGAUGAUUAUGAUAGGCAGGGUGGUCAUGUUAAAGUUGGAAACAAUUAUGAUGUUAGUUGUAAUGGUAACGGUAGUGAUGGUGGUAACAAUAAUAGUGAAUACAAGAUGAAUGCACUGGGUGCACGCGUUGUGGCGAUGAGCAAUUCGUCUAAGGAGAUGGGUCUCGUGAACCAUAAUAUUGUCAAUAAUAAUAGUAGUGUUAAUAAUAGUAGCAUAAAUUAUAAUAAAGUCAGUAAUAACUACUUGAAUAAUAUCACUAACAGCGGUGGUGGCGCAUGCAAGGUGAGCAACGGCGGAAACUGCAAAAUGAGUUGCAACAUGAAGGGGAGUAGUAAAGAUAUGAUGGGCGGAAAUAUUAGAAGAGAAAGGAGAAGAACUAAAUUUUACACAAACAAGUUUAGCAGUAAGCUAAAAUAUACAGUAAUUGAAGAAGGGUCGUUUGGUGUAGUAUAUAAAGGAUGGUAUAAAGGAAUGCAUGUAGCUGUAAAAGUUCCUGUGGACAAAAUGGCUAGACAAGAUCCCUAUGGGUUAACAAAAAGAUCAAUAAAUGAAUGGAAAAUAUUAUCAAAAUGUGACCAUCCCAAUAUUAUUAAAUUAUGUGGUGGUAUAAUACACAGUUAUUUUGAUAUAUGGCUAGUUACGAAACUAGUUAAUGGAUUAGAUUUACAUACUAUAAAAAAUAAUAUAAAUAAAGAUGAAAAGGUACUUAGUAUUGAUAUAUCAUUAAAAAUGUGUAGACAGUUAGCUGAUGUAAUUAACUUUUUGCACACACCAAUUAAAAAUAAAAAAAAUGUAAUUAUACAUAGAGAUAUUAAACCAGAAAAUCUAAUUAUUGACAGUGAUUGGAAUAUACAUUUAUGUGAUUUUGGUGAUUCAGAAGAAUGUGAAGAUGGUAUUGUAACCAAUGUUUCAGGUGCCACAUGGAUAUAUGCACCUCCAGAAUUAUUAACAUGUCAUCCAUUAAAACAAAGUAAUGAUUACAAUUUUUUAGAUCAUACGAAACUUUCUUAUAAAUGGGACAUAUGGUCAAUGGGUUGUGUGUUUCAAGAAAUGAUGAAUUUACCAUCUCCUUUUCAACAUUAUAUUAUUACUUUUGAUGAAUCUGAUCAAAUAUAUGAAAAGCUAGUUGAUGUUUUUACCAAAAAACUACCUCCAUGCAUUCAUUCAAAAAUUGAAAAUUCACCGUUCGCUGACAUUAUAAGGCUUUGCUUAAAUUACGAUCCAAAUUUAAGGCCAACUGCGUCGGAGAUAGUUAAGCUGCUGAACCAGCCGGACGAGUACUUGCUUCUGAAGAGGAAGUGA